AGGAGCUCUAGGCCUCGCCCAGCCCAGACUUCUCGCGAGCUCGGGGACCGGAGAGGCCUGCGGGAGUCCGGGACUCCCGCUGGAGGCGUCCACCACCUCCGCUCUCCUGUCGCGGCGUCGAGGGUGGACUCCAGGCAGUGUCGCUUGGGCGGCUGUAGCCUGGGAAGCGGGCCGUGACCCCGGAGAGAUCGCGGUGCCGACGUCAGGGGCGCAGGCGGCUUGUGGGUGACAGAUCGGCGGUAGUGAGACUUCCGGGUCUUCGGGGCUUAGCCCUUGUGUUUUUGGCCUCAACUUUGCUCCUGGGACUCCCGCCACGACUCUUUAGUGGCUUGUUUCUAGCGCUAGAAGAUCGGCGUCUCUCUGGGGCCAGGUUGUCAGUGGCUGGCUAGCACACGGUAGGUUUCCCAUAGGCAAGCAUGGCUGACCUAUGGGGUUCAAGGGUCUGGCCGCCGGUGUUACAGGAGGGAACACAGGGCUGGUAGAGUUCGCACGACAGGUGGCACAGCUCCUGUGCCACUGCGUGCCAGGCAAGCCCCAAAGGAAAUGAGACCACCGGGCACUGUCGCAGGGAGCAAACUUGAGAGAGAAUGUGAGUCUUUGGGUUAAGAGCGGUUCCGUCUGCCUGGCUCACCAAAGUAACCUGGGCCGGGACAGCUUUCUCCACACCGAGGCUCCCAGCACAAGUACACACAAGGUCAGACCGGAGGCUUAUGCAGGACUGCCCAGACUUCGAGGUCAGCCUUGGUUUCAGUGGGAGGCCCUUUGGCAACAACAACAACAACAACAAAAAGUAAAUAAAUUAGGUCAGGCCCUGAAUAAGUGUCACUCUCUUACCCCCCUCCAUCCCCAUUUUGCGCAGACAACAUAACCUUGUCCCUUUAAAUCCGGAGAGCGUCUGUGGUUUCCGCCCCCGACGGUCAAGGGGCGUGCCUGGCGAUCAUUGGCUGAGCUGCGCAGUUUUGAGCACGUGGGCGCACGAGUUGUGCUCUCGGAUUGGAGCGAGGGCUUGCUUCUCCAGCGUGCCUUUCGGGUCAUCUGCCGCCCCGGGGCUCGGCGUUCGGUUCCCGGGGCUUGCACGUUCCAUUCUCAGGCAGGUCCUGGGGCUCCAGGAUCCUGCUCGCUGCGUCCUCGGGUCGGUGUGUUCACGCCGGGAAACAGGCGACCAUGGCAGAGUUUUCACAGAAGCAGAGGAAGCAGCGUGGUGACGAAGGCCUGGGCAGUGUGGUGGACUUCCUCCUGGCUAAUGCUCGUUUGGUGCUAGGUGUGGGCGGGGCUGCAGUGCUAGGCAUUGCCACCCUGGCUGUAAAGCGGCUCAUCGACAGGGCCACUAGCCCUCGGGAUGAGGAUGACACCAAGGGGGACGGCUGGAAGGAACUGAACCUGCUGAGAGCCACAUCACACCAACAGCCCCAACCCCCCCCUGCUGCCCUCAGCCAGCCCAUAUCUCUUGUGUCCCCCUCACCCUCUGUCCCAGUGGAGCCCACACCCGCUCAUUCUCAGACCACAUCGAUGCCUCAACCCAGCUCCCUAGCACCCUUGUGCCUGACGUUCCAGGAGAAGCUGCUGGCAUUUGAGCGCAACCACGUGACUAUCCCAGAAGCCCAUGUGGCUUUGGUGAAACAGCUGGCUGGAGACAUUGCCUUGGAGCUGCAGGCCUACUUGAGGAACAAGUUCCCAGAACUGCCCUUUGGUGCGCUCGUUCCAGGCGGGCCUCUCUACGAUGGGCUACAGGCAGGGGCUGCUGAGCGUGUGCGCCUGCUAGCACCCCUGGAGUUAGAACCAGGGCUGUGGAGCCUGGUACCUGGCAUGGACACUGUGGCCAGGGAACCUCGAUGCUGGGCUGUGCGCAGGACCCAGCUUGAGUUCCAUCCCCGUGGGCGCAGCCCAUGGGAUCGCUUCCUGGUUGGGGGUUACCUUUCCUCCCGUGUCUUGUUGGAGCUGCUACGGAAGGCCCUGGCAGCCUCCGUCAACUGGCCAGCCAUUGGUAGCCUACUUGGAUGUCUGAUCCGGCCCAAUGUGGCUUCUGAGGAGCUGCUGCUGGACGUGCAACAUGAGUGUCUGGAGUUCACUUUAGCUGUGCUCAUGGUGGUCCCUGGGGCCAGCACUGAUGAUCGCCUUCUGCUGGCUUGGCCGCUGGAGGGGCUGGCUGCCAAUCUCUGGCUGCAGGAUCUAUAUCCUGUAGAGGCUGCCUGUUUGCGGGCCCUGGAUGACCAGGAUGCUGGCGCUCGCCGGAGGUUGUUGCUGCUGCUAUGUGGUGUAUGUCGUGGCCAUCCGGCUCUGGUGCGACUGGGCUGGAGCCACCUGACCCAGGUGGUUCUGCAUCUGGGUAAAGAGGAAGUAGCCUGGACCGAGGAGGCCUUGGGGGAUCGCUUUCUGCAAGCCCUGGAGUUUCUGGUGGGCAGCUUGGAGCAGGCUAACCUGCCCUGUCACUUCAACCCUGGCGUGAACCUCUUGGACAGUUUUCGGGAAGAGGAGAUCGAUGACAUUGGCUAUGUACUGUAUAGUGGUCUGCAGGUCCCUGAGAGCCUACUCUAGGUAGAUGAGGCCCAUGAUUGACUUGUUCUUCUGAUGCUGGAGAGCAGCAACCACCUCCCUCCAGGGAUACUGCAGAGUGUGGUUUGCUUUAUUUUAGCCGGAGUGGAGGGGAGGAUGCAUUACCUAAGCCUGUGGGUAGGCAUGUGCCUGGGUGAUGGUGACCAGGAUUCCCAAAUCCAGAGUCUGGGUUCAUGUCACCUAAUGUGACCAGCCUGUCCUGGCUUUUAAUGCCAGCCGCACAGAUGCCCCUUGGCCCUCUGGGGUUAUCUUAGGAUCUUGGGCUUAGUCUAUCAUGACCAGCAAUGAACUUCCCAAGAAUGUGACAUGGCUUUUGAUUUCCUAGACUUCACCUACAUUUUUCCAAGAAGGACACUUAAUGUUCUUGGUUGGGUAACAGCCCCAGGUAUCCUGGAGGCACACACAGUUGGUCACUGAGUCUUAUGUGUUUGUUACUCUCUGGGGCUGGAAUCAUCUGGUGCCCUGGAAGGUAGCUUCUUAGCUGUUGAAGGAUGGCGUUCUCCUGACAGUCACGCAUUUGUUUUUCUGGUUGAGUCCUCAGGCCUUGAAAUGGAAGUGGUCUUCCUUGCUGCCUGCCUGCCUGCCUGCCUUAUACCCUAGGGAAGAAAGGUCUUGUUUCCUCCUGCUAGGUGGGUUUUUUCUGUAGGUCACAAAUUACCUCUGGGAGAGCCCCUUCCUAUUUGGGAGCUGAGCUCUGUGCUGCCUGUGCAAGGCUAUCCCAUUGCGAGUAGAGGACAUGCCCCUCCCAGAGGCCUGCGUGCAGCCAUGGCCUAUGCAACGUGCCAAAAUAUUCAGAAGUGUCUGUGUCCUCACCUGGAACCCUGAUUAAGGUGGCAUGGCUGGAGGAGGGAGAUUACCUCCUCUGCCAGGGGCCCUUUCUAUUUUAGGUACCCCCCACCACACACACACACAGACAUUGAAACAAUGCUAUGCCUGAAGAGUGAAUAAAAGAAGGAUCAUUUUUA